UUUUCUUAUUAUUGAUUUUUAACGCCGGUUGUUUAUGCAACCAAAAUUACGAUUGUCAACCUGACAGUUAUAGGUUAUGUACCCCUGCACCAGUUUUUAGAAAUUUUGUCCAAUUUAAUUAAAACAAUGGCUUUAAUUGCCAGAGGAGGCCUUUUCGAACGUUUGAGCCCCCUUGUCCAAGCGAAACGUUUCAGAGGCAAAAUCAAUAUCCAGCGGCCGAAACCCGUUCAUCGCGAACGAUCCAUUAUGAUGACACUAACGAAUCCAUUCUUUAUCAGUACUAAAAAGGGCAAAACACCCAUUGACUUGUGCACAAAAUCGCAAGAUAAAAUUGUGAAAGAUGAACACAACCCGUAUCAGCAAAUAAUUGCAGGCGAAUUGAGAAUGUGGUUCAACACUUCGCGACUCAUUGCCUUUUAUCACUUGAAUCCAAUGAAAUCAGACCAAAGGUUUAAAGCCUAUGCCAUGUUCAAAAAAAGCGACAUGCUUUUUAAACAAUAUGGAAAGAAAACACUUGAAAUCGCAGUCAAGGAUACGAAAUUUGAACCGGUUUUGGAUUUUUACGUCUCGCAAAACAUUAUGGUCUUUAGUCCGCAACCGGAAGUAAAGAAAUUGCUAAAAAUCACGAAAAGGUUUCCCCAGCUUGUCUUACUAGCUGCCAUAUUUGAGGGCAAAUUUGUGAGUAAAGACGAAUUAAUUGAACUGGAAAAAAUACCAAACUUGCAAACAGCUCAAGCAGCUUUGGUCCAAACACUCAACAGUGCAGCCACUACAAUACAUCAGCAGUUGAACCAACAUCAAAGCACCCUUGUUUCACAACUCGAACAAAGAAUAAAACAAUUAGAAUAGCUCAAUAAAUGUAUUUCAUAGAUCA